CGCUGCGGAGUAGCUAGGUAAUCUGGGUAGUUCAUUGCAGUGCCCUCCGACGGUGUUACGGUUAAUGAUAGCAGUUCGGCGAUCACCCCCUAAAGACUCUCUGUAGUUUGCCUUCUUGACACACCUUUUGUUGUCUCGUCGUCUAGCUAGCUAGAGUCGGCUAACGGUUGCUAGCGAGCAUCCUCCGCUUCGACUACCCGCCAGCGGUGAAGUAAAGUUGGGGCAAAAUAGUUACUCUGAAGCUGAAGGAGCCGAGAAGUGACGGCCGACACCCUGCCAGGAUGAGUGGUGAUGACUUGAACCCAGCUGCUGUGGCUCAGCCAGUAGAGGAUCUACAAGGAGAUGACCGUUGGAUGUCACAGCAUUUAAGAUUUGUGCAAGAGUGUAAAGACGCUGAACCAGACGUGCUUUUUGUGGGGGACUCUAUGGUACAGCUAAUGCAGCAGUUUGAGGUCUGGAGGGAGUUAUUCUCUCCUCUACAUGCACUCAACUUUGGAAUUGCAGGGGACACCACCUGUAAUGUGCUGUGGAGGCUGCAGAAUGGAGAGCUGGAGAACAUCCGUCCCAAGGUGGUGGUGUUGUGGGUAGGAACCAACAAUUACGAACACACAGCAGAGCAAGUUGCAGGAGGAAUUCUUGCAAUUGCGCAGCUGCUCACCUCCCGCCUCCCCAAGGCAAAGAUAGUUGUACUGGGUUUGUUGCCUCGAGGGGAGCGGCCCAACCCACUGAGGGAGAAGAACACGGCGGUUAACAGGUACCUGCGCUCCUGGCUGCCUCGUCUGGGCCGUGCUCAACUCCUAGAUGUCAGCGGGGAUUUUGUUCACUCUGAUGGAGCCAUCCUCCUACAGGACAUGUUUGACUUCCUCCAUCUGACGUCGACAGGCUACCGCACCAUGGCGAAGCCCCUCAGUGACCUGCUGCUUCAGAUACUGGAAGAAACGCCAGAGGAGAGACGGGUGUCGCCUGUUUGAGGGCCGUGGCCUGGCAGCACAUUUAUCCAGAGGUAUGUCUCACCCGCUGCUGUGGGAGACGGGGGAGACAUGUCCCUGGUAUCUAGAGAAGGAAGGGCUCUCUCAUAGGGGGAAUAGACACCCUGAUGUGUGUGGGCCCAGGAGGGGUGUGGGAUCACAUUCAUGAGCAGAGGGUUGCGUGUGGAGAGGUGCUAAAGAGGGAGAGAGACCUCACUACAGAUGUAGACACUGUGAUUGCAGUAGUAACCUCUAUUGCAAAAUGAUUUACCAAGGUCAUUGAGAUCAUGUGGUACACACACACACACACAUUCAUUCAUUUAGACCUGUGGAGAAAAUAAGUGUUUCCCUCUCACCUGUGCCACGGAGAUGUGAUACAAACAUAAAAAAGUCCAGUGCACAACGUACUCCCAGUAGGCUGAAGAUUAUCUAGAAUGUGCUAAUGUUAUGAGUCUGACCAGUAUGCUGCAGAGCAAUGGUUCCCAACCCAGGGGCCAAGGGGUUGCAAGAUCAUUUAAGAGAAAAUAUUGAAAAACCUUUUGUUUUUUUAUCAAACACUAAAUACUUUCUCCUCUUCAGACCAAAUAGAAACAAUCUGAAAGUUAAAAUCACUCUUUGGCGUGGCAUUGUUUCCUGUAAAGGUCCACCCGUCAAUAAGGUUAGGAACCACUGCUACAGAGGGCUACUGCUGAGAUGUACACUAUUUAAAGUUUAGUCUGUCCAGUUCUUUAUUUAGAAAUACUCAGCAUAACAAGGAGCACUUAGUCUGCUAAAUGUUCACUUUUGAACGUGUGUGUAAUAAACAGUUAGAUGUCUUUUGAAACUGUUAAUAUAAAAUAGAUCAGUGUCCGGAGAGUUAGCUACUUUUCCACAGACCACACAUACAGCUGAUCACUACUUCCUUCCUGUGUCACCUAAAACCAUCACUGAACUAAAUAUUCAACUCUAACCUGAUUUCGGUGUUCGCUUCAUGCAUGUUUUAAGACGAGCCUCCGCUGUGGUGUAGAAAGUCAACGCUUCUGUAUUAAAUCAGUGAGUAUCAAGUCAAAAUCAUGUGUUCAUUAAUAUUUACUAGUGACUUGUUGAAUCUACUUGUCUGAUAAUCUACAUAGGUCUUCCAAACACUGCCCACUCUGCUUAUGUACAAAACUUCUAUCACCCAGAAAGUGUAUUUACAUUUUACUUUUUGAAUUCCAUUUCACCAUUUUGGUCCAGAUAAAUCUACUGUGACAUUUGAUUUUAAUGUCGAGUAGGUUACAUAAUGAUUUGUAUUGCUAGACAAAGACCUGCCAGCUUUUUAAAUUGUGCUCCUAACGACUUCUUGACAGUGUCCUCGGUAUCUGUAUAAGGACACUUUGGGGAAAAAUGUCAAUGGUAUUGUAUGUGCACUAUUAUUUUUUUAGUAGCUUUGCAGUGCAAUGGCACACUUAGUUUUAUUUAUUUUUUACAACAAAGUACAGUUAAGAUAAUCCGGUGGGUUUCACAUCAGCUCUAAUACAUACACAUAUCCACCGUCUGACACUUUGACUAGCACAGACUCUCUCUCCCUCUCCCUCCUAAAUACAUGGACAUACAGUAUUUUCUCUUCGAAGCACCUCUUUAUCUCUCUCCCUGUUGUAUUUGUUGUUGUCUCUCAUCCAGCCCUGCCACCCUGGGCCCUGACAUCUCUACAUGGUGUAGUUACUGAAUAUUUUUUAGGAAUGAAAAGUACUAGCUACACAAAUAAGCUGCCUAACACAGCUAUACUGAAUAUUGUCACGCUAAAUGCUAAAAAGCAAUCACAGGUCAUGCAAAAGAAAAACCCAUUCGUCUGUGAGUACUCUAGCUGUUUCUUCGUGGGUUAGGUUCUGUUUGAAUUGUGGCUGAGAGUCUCAAGCAUCAAGUUAUCCGGCGAUACUGCUGUCUUAAGCUCUGCACAUUUGCCUGCUGUGUUAAAUAUGGUGUAUGUUUGUGUGCCUUAAGUGUUCAUGAAAGGUUGUGUACAGUAUGUCUGGUCCUGGAUUGUGUAAAUUGGAAGUAUGAGUGUCAAGAAAUGGCCCCAGUUGUAUAUAAGACAUGUGAAGCUUAAAGGAAAUGAUGUUUGAAGGGGUUUCAGGUUGUGUUUGGUGCCAUACAGCAUUUGCACUGUUUUGGCUGGUUGUGACAUUAUUGAGAUAAAGCAUUCCAAUAAAAAAAAAAACAAAAAAACAAAACAAGGA